CACACCUUUUUCACGCCAGAUUCAAACACAAACUACUGUGAUUACUAUUAAGUUAAGGGCAUCAUUAAGUGACAAGAUUCACUAUGUCACAAGUCAAGAGUAAAAUGUAAUCAAGGAAAGCUUUAACAUUUUGAUGCCUGUAUAUAUAGACAAAAAUCUUAUUAUUUUCAUUCAUUUACCAAUUUAAGCGUAUAAAUUCAGUAUCUCAGUAAUAAAUUAACAUGAAUUGUUCAUAUGCAACUCUUCCAUUAAUGGAUCCCACUGGAAAUGAUGACUUGUUUGAAAAUAAAGCUAUUGAUUUCGACUAUGAUGGUAAUAUUUAAGAAUGAUUUACUCUUCAGUGAUUGAUUUAUUUGUUUUAACGAAAUUAACAAAUGUCUACGAGCUUAAACUUUUACUUGUAACUUGAAUUAUUUAUAAUGAAUAUAAUUAUGUGCAUUUUAUGUUUUCAGAUUCUUCGUCAGGCUAUGAAUCUACAGACAUUUCUGAUGUGGAAUCAGUGAGUUCUUGGGGGUCACGUGACAGUCUUGACAGCAGAUCAUAUGACACCACCCACGAAGAAGUAAUGAACUUCAGUAGUACACAUGCGCUUUCCGAGCACCUAAAAUUAAUUCUGGCAAUGCCUGAAAUGUGUGACGUCACGUUUAUAGUUGGACCACGUGAAGUGCUCGUGCAUGGUGUUCGUGCCAUCAUGGGUACACGGAGUAGAAUUAUGUAUCAACUGAUUUUGAAACACAUGUCCAUGGAAGCAGCUGAUCAAGAAAAAAACUUAAAAAAGAACAAGAAAAGUAAGAAAAAUGCAACAGUUGGAAUUGGUCGGUCAUUAUCACAGAGACUUAUUAUCCCUGUCAAGAAAUACGAUUCUGAAGUGUUCCGAAUGUUGGUACAGUUUAUUCACUGCGGAAGUGUGAAUAUCACUGAGGAAACCGUUGCUGGUUUGUAUUGUGCUGCCUCCCAGUUUGAGCUUCGAGAUCUAUGCAAUGCGUGUUUAGAUUUUGUCGAACGAUGUAUAAAGGUCGGAAGAGCUGAGAAACUUCUCUUUUCUACAAGAUGUUACAGUCAGCACAAAGCUACAAAAAUACUAUUUGAUAAGAUAUAUUCCGUGUUGGACAGACGCCACAUUGCAAGACUUGAGGAGACACAUGUAUGAAUGCACUAUGUUACAAGGAACUUCUAAUAGAUGUGCUGUAGUAUUAAUUGUUAUUUGUUGUCUGUUCAUGGAUCAAUUGUUGCUGAUAUUUUUUUUACAUUUGUUGAUAUAUAAGCUAUGAAUGAAAUAAAGAUUAAAA